AUGGGUCGCAAAACUUUCAACGCCCAUCUUCAGCAAGCAAAGAAAGCAUCUGUCAGCAAUGUCUCUUGUGUUCAGGCUGGCGAGAGUGACGGCCAGCUGGCGUUCACCUUCUCCUACCCAGACCUGCGCCCUCUGAAAGUGGUAAUAAUGGCAAAAGAUACCGACGCAUAUCCAGCAAAAGCCGACUACUUUCUGUUUGUUUCGUCGGAUGAGCCUGACCCCCACAUCGUGAGCUUCCUGCAGGGUCUCGUUGGCUUCUUCAACAAGAAAACUCUACCCCAAAUCGUCGAUUUUGUAUCAGCCAGCCUCACAACGUAUUUGUUAGAGCCAUGUGGGAGAGCUGGCGCAGAGUCGGCAUCUCAAAAAUCGCUCGGCUGCGAAGACGUGUCUUUGGACCUGGGAAACGAAGGCUCCAGCCUCGACGAUCAACUCGACUACGACGGGACCGAUAGCUCGAUGGGAGAGGAUGAAAACGAUUUCCAACCUAUUAGCAGCGAUGACGACCACGACUGUUUGAAUUUGAGCUCUACCGAGGCAGCCACACACGCACUAGAUUGUCUUCAUACAGGGCCUGAGGCCUUGAAGCGUCAACGAAAAGACCUCAGAGCGGCAAUGGAAGCCGGAUUUUCUAUUGGUGUCUACAAUCACGAUGCAGAACACACGCGCGGACAUUGCAUCAUCUUCUCCCUUUCUGUUCCCAUCAUGAGAUUGGGCAUACCAGAGGAGGCGUGUGAAACAUGGCAUCUCGACAAGGAAAAGCAUCUAGUUCUUCUUAUGAAGACGACUGGCGGAUAUCCCAUUCCGGACAUCUACAUUCAGGAUCGCCUUAAAACUGAGACGUUCCGGUUUGAAUUUGGUCAGUGCGAGGAGGCCAAGCCGACAGCGGCAUCUGCUGAGCAAGUAUUCCAAACAUCCAGGGCCAGGGGUUUGGAUGACACGAGGAAAGGCGCCUUCGAGCCUUUGUAUAUGUUUCAGUACAUCUCACGCACGUUAACAAAUGAUCUCCCUGCACUUCUCAAUCGCCGACGGCAGGACAACGUCUCAUGGCUCGCUGCAUUGCACAGCCUGCGCUCUUACGGUGGAAAGACUACGCCACAGGCUUGUGCGGCACCCUGGAACGACACGGCGAGCCAGCCCUGGGUUCUUCAGCAGGACCAUGCGCUGGAGCCACUAGUGAACAUACCUUUGGUGGCCAUGCAACAUGCGCUGCAAUUGUUCAUGCGAUGCGGAAGGUACUGUGUCAACUGCUAUCGAGCCAUGGACGAUGGUUUCCAAAGUAUGAGACCCCACGUCUGCGAAAAUCCGCUCUGCCUCGACCACUACAUUCUCCCUCAACCAGGGGCCAGUCCCUACGUCGUGGAUCUGUUGCUACGCCACUUUCCUCUCUCCCUCAAGCUCAAGGUUCCAGCCCCCCCGCGAGACGGAGCCAGUCUUUUGGAAUGCCAGACGCAGAUGAGCCAUGGAGAUCCAAGCCAUGGUAUCGCGACACUGCUGCCAACAGAGACCAUGCCCAAACUGCCCCAAACCUGGAUCAAGGCUGGGCGGCCUUUCAUACUCUUCCCAAAAAUUGCUCUUUCGACGCAGUUACUCAGCGGAGGCUUUCCUAGCCUUUCUACAUAUACGUUGGAAGGACACCCUCAGGAGAGAGCCCACGAGUUCGAUUUUGAGAUCACCGCCUACCAUAGCGCAGGAAAAGCGUCAACAGUGACUGCCUCUUCGACAAAUUGGGAUGCAACUGUGGCGUCGCUUCGGAAUCUACAGAGUCUGGUUUUGAAUAUGUACGCGUAUGCAUUCUGCGAUGACCUGUACAGCCUUAAGCCAGAUGAUCGCCCUGCGGCGUUGACACUGCUGACAUUGGGAAUACGGUCUGUACUCAAGAUGAGGGAGUUCCUUUUGGCGCAUCCAGAUCGACUGCUCUCCGAUGCCCCAGAGAUUAUUGACCAAAACACAUACCGUCUGCUUCUGUGGAUUGUAGCUGCAAAUCGGUCACCCAUUGUUCAAGACGAGCCCAUCCCGCCGGCCGGGCCCGUUGAAGAGGGCUCGAAUAGUCAGCCGAAUAUGGUGUUAGGAGGCCCUAAAGGAUGGCUCCAGUUUCGGUUCGUCCAAGGCAGCCCCGAAAAGGAGCAACGCUUCAGAAGUGAGGUGGAGGCCCAUCGCAAGGGUGCUGUGCCGACGUUCUUUGCUUGGCACGGCAGCUGCCUUGGGAAUUGGCACGGCAUUGUCAAUGAAGGACUUAAAUUCGAUCGGACAGUAAACGGGCGGUCGUUCGGGGAUGGAGUGUACUUGGGCAAGAUGUUCAGCACCAGUAUGAUCUACUCGCUAAGGGCUUUCCCAGCACCAGAAACGUGGCCAAACUCUGUACUCAGAGUCAACGCUGCUCUGUCUAUUUGCGAAGUGGUCAACAGGCCGGACCUGUUUAUCGCCAAGCAUCCCCAUUUCGUCGUCGACCACAUAGAAUGGAUUCAAUGUCGUUUCCUUCUCGCCCAGGGACUGGCUCUCCAGAUUCCAAUGUCCGCUGUGCCGAGACACGAAGGUAUUAAUACACAGAUGGCACAGUCCAGUUCCGCGAAAAGGGAAAGCUCCGGUUCCAUCAAGCGCCCGUCCCUGAGCGCAAAUGAUCAAGACGCCAGUCUCUCUGUCAAGUUCGAAGGACUUGAUCUUGAUGGAUUCCUCGACAAUCCCAAUGACGAGGCGACAAAGCGGCGGCGGCUGGAUACAGACUUUGAGCCCGGAGUCCUGGAGUGGAACGAGCUGCCCAAAUUACCUGAACCCAGCUGGGCUACCAUGACCGCGACCAGAAGGCUGGCUCAGGAGCGAAGGGAAAUGAUGAAGACUCAGGACGAGACGGACCUUGCCGAGCAAGGUUGGUAUAUUGACUUCAAGCAGUUGGACAAAGCCGCCACUCUCUUCCGAUGGGUUGUCGAGCUGCACAGCUUUGAUGAGGCCCUGCCCCUUGCACAAGAUAUGAAAGCAAAGGGUUGCAACAGCAUCGUGUUAGAGGUCUUUCCAGGUGCUGAUUAUCCUCUCACGCCUCCCUUCAUCCGCGUCGUGCGCCCUCUCUUCUUGGAGUUCGCCCGCGGCGGUGGCGGCCACGUUACUGCGGGAGGGGCCAUCUGUUCCGAGCUGCUCACCAGCUCGGGCUGGAGCCCGGCAUUGAGCAUUGAGAAGGCCCUGAUACAGGUCAGGCUUGGCUUGUGCGACACGGAGCGGCCGGCGAGGUUGCGCAGCCUCUCCCCGAGUGACAAGGCGUGCUACAGCAUCUCCGAGGCUGUGCGAGCUUACAAGCGCGUGGCAAACACUCAUGGCUGGAAGAUCUCGCCCGAGCUUGCGACAAUGGCGAGUGCAUGGGCAUUAGUGUAACUACAGCGAGCGUACCAGUCCUGAGUGUGUACUCGGACUUUAAUGACUUGAUUGAUUCCAAUAGUCUCGCGACCUGGACCACCUAGGUGAAGCAAAACAGAAAAUUGACAUGAAAUCCCGAUUACAAAGCUCCUCAAACUCCAACAUUGGGUGGCCUGGAUCCCCGGUGACUGGUCGACCAUGUGAACCGAACCCAUUUGCAUGUAUGACGAACAACUAAGUACGCUCAGUUGUACUGGAAAAGAACGCUGAUGGAUUCGCCGUGGUGCACGCGACGGAUGGCCUCG